GCAGCAACAUUUCCAAGAAAUCUAAAAUAUGAAAGUUCUACUUGGUAGUAAUUAAACAGUGUUGACACAUUACUGAUAUCAGUUCAUCUGGGGGGCAAGGGGUGUUCUGGGCAAGUGUGCCACAGCAGAAACCCGGAUUUAAAAUUUUUAAAUAGCAGUCAAAUCCUGUCACGUAAUUCCUGCAUUUCUUAAAACUUGGGUGAUAUUACUGCUCAUUUCCACUAAUGCCAGUCUGUAGGAUAUCACUCUUUUCAGAUUAUUCAGCAAAACAACUUAACAUUUCAUUUACUAUUUAUACCGCAACUUAAGAUACCAGAAUUGUUUUGUGUUCAGUAAAUCACGAGGUCAGAUGCAUCCGACCCUGCUACUUUUUCUGCUUCUGACAUGCCCCCUCCACUCUGCCGGACAGGGCCCUGAUGCGAACCCUCCAAGACCUGAUGCCGAUGGAACAGACCCCCAACCAGACGCAGGGGGUGAAACUGGUGGACCAGAUUUUGACAAAUAUGUUGGAUACUUAGAGAAGGGAGUGGGCGUCGUAAGCACCAUCGUUGACACCGGCAUCAAAAUAGGAAAUCUAGUUAUGAGCCACCAAGCAGCAAAACAACAGGCAGAGCAGUGGAGAAGCGGGCAGAGAUUUAAACUUGAAGAGUUAUGUGACAAGAUUUGUGUGACAGAAUGGUCGUCAUGGAGUCUGUGUACAAAUAGGUGUGGCGGAGGGACGACUUUCAGAACCCGUAAACAUGAAUUACCUGGAAGAUGCAGAGACUUGCCCAACUUUGUGUGUCGACAUAACACCCGGCAGGUGGCGCACUGUAACAUGAAGUGCCCCAAUGGCGGGUAUCCAAAACCGGGGGGUGCCGGGGGGUGCAACUGUCCCAAAAGUUUCUCAGGAGACUGUUGCGAUAAUGAGGUAACAUGUCCAUACCCAGGCAGACCUAGCCGGGGUAAAGUGAGCGGUGAAUGGCCUGCCAAAUAUGGCAUGGUGGCUACCUUUCAAUGUGAUGAAGGCUUCGCUCUGAUUGGUCGAGAUUUACUGAUCUGCACGGAAACUGGGUCAUGGGAUGGAACCUUACCAAAAUGUGAACGUGUAACCUGUACCAUGCCGUCUGAUCCACAGCAUGGCAGACUAAUAAACAAGCAGUCGAUCUACCAUUAUGGCGACAAACUAGUGUACCGAUGUGAUGAUGGGUUCGAGUUCUACGGCCCAGACUCCAGAGAGUGUAUUGGAUUUGACGGCAGUACGGGAAGAUGGACGGGUUUUGAUCCGACAUGCGGACAUAUAAGCUGUGGCGAUCCAGGAACCCCUCAGUAUGGGGAACGAAUAGGGAACAGCUUUAAAUUCAACGACGUGGUGACGUAUCGAUGUAAGGAAGGCUAUCGCCUGCUCGGGUCCAGCACGAGGAAAUGCAUCUCCACUGGGACUUGGAACGGGAGAGAGGCGACCUGUGAAGAGAUCACGUGUGGCGAACCACCUAAGUUGAAACAUGGUGCCAUUAUCGGAAAUCGGUUCACCUUCGGGUCUCGAAUAUCGUUUGAAUGUGAGGCUGGUUAUCGACUGGUUGGAGAACCUGUAUUGGAGUGUGCUGACGAUGGGCGGUGGAAUGGGGAUGUGCCGCGAUGUCAAGCCGCCAUAUGUGGUAAUCCAGGUUCACCAGAAAACGGCGCGAAGGACGGCAGCGUGUACUACUAUCCCCACAACGUCACGUUCAGUUGUUUUGACGGCUAUGUGCAGACGGGUCCUGACAAGAUUAUGUGUAUGGAAAAUGGCCAGUGGAGUGCUGGUAUUCCUGUUUGCGAAGCGUGCCCAGUGAACAAUUACAAGGGUGACACUGAAGUAUGUGUGCCUUGUCCCAGCCAUACUCACACUGUCAGCGAGGCCAGCACUACCCUACUGCAAUGUCUGUGUGAUGAGGGGUAUACUGGAACACCAGGACAACCCUGUGAAGAGAUCGCGUGUCCGCUGCUGGACGCGCCGGAAAACGGCAGCAAGUCGGACUGUGGAAAUAAAUGGAAUGACGUCUGCGAGUUUGAUUGUCGAGCUGGAUAUAUCAUUAAAAGGGGCAGCAGUCGAAGAACUUGCCAAAGCAACGGAGAAUGGACUGGGAGUUCUCCUAUAUGUUCUGCUUGUCCUAAGGAUACCUUUAAGUCCGAUCAAGCCAGCUGUCUUCCUUGUCCUAAACACUCCCAUACAGCCGGCACGGGGAAUAUGCUGGAGGGGUGCUCAUGCGACACUGGUUAUCAGGGUCUCCCCGGGGGACCAUGCACAGAUGUGAACGAAUGUCUUGUGAACAAUGGCCGCGGACUGUGUGAAGAUGUAUGUGAGAAUACUGAUGGAGGUUACCAAUGUCGCUGCUCCAUACCCGGGUACGAUGUCGAUCCUCUGGACAUGCAUAAAUGCCGAGUCGAUAAGCAAUGUCGUAACCUGACCGAGUCUGACGCACCUACCAAUGGUGGCUUGGUGUGCCACUGGUACAGGGAGCAGAACUCUCAGCAGUGCUCAGUUCGCUGUAAUCCCGGCUACGAGUUCCCGGCCAGAGUUAACAACUACGAAACCUGUGGAUCUACAACUGGCUUUAUUUGGUCCCACGAAGAAAGAGAAGAAGUGAUUGAACCAUGUAUUGAGGAAUUCUUCCCAGAUUUUCGCCUGGAAGCCAAUUCCACAUACUUUGUUCGAGCCUGUCGAAACCUAACUGAAGCCGAGAAAAACGCCGUAAAGACAGAAUUUGCCAAAACUCUGACCGAUCAAGGCGUUUGUCUGAAACGCCAGACAAAAGUCUGCGACAUGAAGAACGUCGGUAUUAUAUGUGGACACACUAAACGCAGACGACGAAGAGGAAUUGAAGAAGAAAUUGACGAGAUUGGAUUUCUCUUCGACGUUAGUGCACACAAGGUAGAAGAUAAGGCCAAGGAUUGCGAUAAGAUAUGCCGAUUUUUGCGAAUUCCUCAAUACCGAUGCUCCAGUCUGUGUGAAAGAACUUACAAACGGUUUCUGAAAGCAGCAGUUCUCUAUAGCAAACGGAAAAUUCACGAAAUUUUCACCCAAGAGGAGGGCCGGAGGGCAGCAUUUACGUCUGCUAAUAGGGAUUUUGAGCCAGAGGACGUUGCAAUAUCUGACGUCAUAGUGGAUUGUGAAGCUGGGAUGAAGGUGCAAGGAGAUUUUUGUAUCCCGUGUUCAAAUGGUACUUUCUAUCACCAAAGAACGAACAGGUGCAUUCCCUGCCCUGUAGGAACAUAUCAGCCAGAUCACAAGCAAACACGAUGCUUGGCCUGCCCAACUGGGACCUCGACAUAUAAAACUGGCCAGACGAAAUGCAGAGCAUGUCCCGAGUCAAGAUUUGGUAGAAAUUGCCUAGGUCACUGUUCCUGUGUGCACGGACAUUGCAACCCGGUGGAUGGGAGUUGUAGUUGCCACAGUGGCUGGGAAGGGCGAAAUUGUGAUACAGACAUCCAGAGUUGCUCGGAAGACAGUUGCCCCCCAGGUGUGACGUGCGAGGAUGUCCCCGCGCCAGGAGUAGGUUUUUGCUGUGGAAGAUGUUCACAAGGAAUUGUUGGGAAUCGGACUAUGUCCACUCCUGUUAUCGGUCGUUAAAUGGUGCUAUAUUUCUUGUUUGAAGGCUAAACUCUAUGUUGGGAACAAACGACUUGAAUUCUUAAUAACUAUCAGCUGUCAGCAGUAAAGAGCUAAAGCAAAUGCUUAGUACUUCAUAUUUACUGUAUAGCUAUAUCUUGCAUAAAUAUAUAGCUCAUGUAUAAAAAUCAAAGGCGUAAAAUGAAUACACAAGUUUGUAGUCAA